AUGGGGGACAUGGAUGGGGACGCAGACAUGGAUAGCCCAUGGGUGGACAUGGACAUUGUUGGGGACAUGCAUGGGGACAUGAACUGGGACAGCAUCAAUGCCAGCACAGUGUGCCAGAACAGUGUGUCCCCACCUGUGUCCCCAGCUGUCUCCCCACAUCACAUAGACUCGGUUCUCAAUGUCUUGGAUGCCCUCAAGUCCCUGGCCUGGAACUGUGGAUCUCCUCAGUUCCAGGAGAUCCAGAGCUCUCCUGGCUCCCAGGAGACACUGGUGCCACCGGGGCUCAGUGUGGGUGGCCUGGUGGGGAAUCUGGUCUCUGUCCCCAUUCCAGGUCCCAUUCCCAAUCCCCUUCUCCAUUCUCUCUCCCCAUUCCCAGGCCCUGUCCCCAUUAUUUGUCCCGGUCUCCACUCCUGGUCCCAGUGUCCAUCCCCAGGCCCUGUCCUGAUUCCCUGUCCCAUUCCUGGUAUCUCCAUUCCAGGUCCCAUUCCUGGUCUCAUUCCAGUACUUCCUGUCUCAGUCCCAGUCUGGUAUCCCAGAUCCAAUUCUUGCUCCCUGUCCCCAUUCCCAGCACUAUUCCCAGUCCUUAUCCCGUGUUCCCAGUCCCAUUCCCAGUUCCGUCCCCUGUUGCCAGACCCAUUGCUAGCUAUUCUCCCUAUUCCCUGUCCCAUUCAAAAACCCUGUCUCUAUUCACAGUUCCAUUGCCAAUCCCUGUCCCCAUUCCUGGUCCCCAUUCCCAUUAGCCAUCCCCGUCCCCAUUCCAAGUCCCUGUCCCCAUUCCCCAUUCCUGUCCCCAUUCCCAGUCCUGUCCCUAUUCCUUGUCCCAUUCCAGGUCCCAAUCCCCAUUCCUGGUCCCAUUCCUGGUCUCUGUCCCCAUUCCAAUUCCUUGUCCCGGUCCCAAGUCCUGGUCCCAGUCUCCAUUCCCAGGCCUUGUCCCAAUUCUCUCUCAUAUUCGUGGUUCCUCUCUCCAUUCCUGGUCACAUUCCUGGUCUCACUCCUGUAUUCCCUGUCCCAGCUCCUGUCCCGUAUCCCAGAUCCAAUUCUUCCUCUCUCCUUAUUCCCAGCAUUAUCCCCAGUGCCUCUCUCGUAAUUCCAGUACCAUUCACGGUUCCUGUCCCACUUUCUGAUCCCUGUCCACAUUCCCUGUUCCCAGUCCCAGUCCCAUUCCCAGUCCCAGACUCUGUCCCCAAUCCUGGGGCCAUUCCCUGUCCCCAUUCCCCAGGGCCGCCUCUCACACAGGGCCCUCAGGGCUCCCCAGCUCGGCCUGCCUGUGGCACACAAACCCUUCAGCCCUGCUGCUGCCCUUGCCCAGCUGCACACAGCACAAGGCGUUGGGCAUUUCUCACAGGCCCCAGCUGGCCACACAUCGUCCCCGUCGCGGAAGCCGAAGGCAGCAGCACCAUCAAACCCAACGCGCUCAGCCCUUGUUUCCCACUCAACCAGGAUCUCCCAUUCCCAAACCUCGGCCUGCUGGAGCAGGAGGGGGCCGCGAUGAAGAGGAAGAGGUCCCGGGAGCCAGAGCCGACACGGAGCUGA